AUGCAAAACAAGACUCUCUUAUUUUUUAGAAAUCCAGACCUUUCUCAAGAUUUUAUUUCUCCUUUGGAACAGCUAGGGUUAUCAAUUAUUUGCAUCCCAGUUCUUGAAUUCGAUUAUAUAAAAUAUGAACCAAAUUUAAGAGCUGCUAUACAUGAAUUAUCAAAUGAGAAAGGAAUAAUUUUUCCAAGUCCGAGAGCUGUGAUUGCAUUAAGUCGUUCUAAUCAAGAUUUAAGGCAUUUAAAAUGAUAUGCAGUUGGAGAAAGCACUGCGAAAGCAUGCUUAGAAAUCCUUGGGAAAACUCCAGAAGUAAUCGGUACAAGAGGAGCAGCAGAACUGGCAGAUAAAAUUAUUGAAGACCAAGGCCCAGGAGGCUCGUUUAUUUAUUUAGGAGGAGACAAUCAAAGCACUCUUCCUCAUGAAAAAUAUCAAAAAGCAGAAAUAACUAUCAAAGAAGUGUGCUGCUAUUCCACAAUUCCAGUAGGAAAAGAAAGUUUUUUAAAUUCAAUUCAAAACAUCCAGCCAAUAGGCUGCGUAUUUUUCAGUCCAUCAGGCGUAAAAACAGCAACAAAACAUUUAGCUGACCAAAAUUGGAAUUGGGGAGCAGUAAAAACGUUUGCUAUAGGAGACACCACAGCUACUGCAUUAAGAAAUAACUCAGAAAUUGCAAGAUGUGAUGGAGUCCCUACUGAAUUUAAUUUAGAAGGUCUCAAACAAGUACUUAUUGAUUAUUUUUCUCACAAUUAA